AUGCAACCCGCGUCUUUGAUGAAACACAGCAUACGUUUUCAUGCUGAAGAGAAGAAGUCCGAAUAUUUCAUCGUGUGUCCUCUGUGUCCGACGAAGGUGCGAUUCCAAGAAGCUCUUGUCAACCAUUGUCGCGAUGUCCACGAAGACGAAGAAUGCAUUGUUCAAACGGAAAUAUUCAAGAGUGUAAAAGAGUAUGAGACUUGGAAGGAAUCAGUCGCAAAAGCUUACUGUACUGCGUGGCUCAAUGUGGGCGAACACGGAAUUUUGCCCACGGAAAUUACCUACUACCGGUGCAGCAGAGUUCAUUCCACUCGUCGUCGUGCAAAGAAAUUGCUUCCGGGAACACAAUACGGCUACUGUACUUCAUUCUUGAAUGAAUAUGUCUACGAUGAUGGUACCGUAUUUGUGAAGUUCUGUGUGCGUCAUAUCAGUCAUGAUGUUAGCGCUGCUUCACUGCCUCUCACAAAGAAGGACAGGGAUAUAAUUGCUAGCUAUCUGAAGUUGAACGUCGACGAGGACAGCGUAAGGGACCUCAUACGCGAAGAUUACAAUGACCCGAGCACUAGGCUUUAUUGGAUUCGACCUGCGGACAUCAGAAGGGCUAUGUCAAGUCUGGCAUGGCAGAAACGCAAACAACGAGAAGCAGGCUCAACUACUUUCAGAAAGAGUGCCACUGAUGAUGCUGCUGAAAGAUCUUCGUCGCCCUGCAGUAUAUAUGACGACCCGUUUAUUCCAUCUGUAGGAGAUUCGGAGGAGCCUUCAAGUUCUACUGCCUGUACUGCAGAUAAACCAUCUCCGUCAUGCAAUGUUUAUGAUGAUCCGUUUAUACCCUCUGCGGAAGACUUGGCGGGAUUGUCCAGAUCACAUGAUGAGACCGCUGAUAGUCUUUUAUCGUCCUGUAGUGCUUACGAGGAGCCGCACGAUCUGUUGGAGACUGCUGACAAGCUGUUACCAAUCUGUGACAUUCCGGACGACCCGUCUAUUUCCGCUGUAACACUAAUGGAGGAAGCGUCUGCUGCGAUGAAUGAAGAUGGUCGUUCCUAUAACGAACAUAAGACUGGAGCGAAUAGUGUUUCGUCAACGGAGCCUUCUUCGUCGGUUCUGCCAGCGGAAUCCGUCGUCCCAGGCGAAUCGCUGCUUGGAUGUCCAUCUUGCGCGAAAUUAAAGAAAAGGGUGGCUGAGCUUCAAGUCACCGUGGAUAACCUCAAGAAAAAAUUGCCACGGGUAGAAGAGCCUGUGCUAUUCGACAAUAUGGUCGUCAAAGAGGAGAUAAGCUAG